UAUGCACCGUCAAUGUUCUGUUGAGGAUCGCAUACCAUCUCCUCCUCUAUGCCUACAAAAUGGAACUCAGAGAAUGGACAGUCCCAAAUUAGAUGAACCGAUAUCUAAGCUUGUUAAGUUAAAAACGGACAUGAUGCAACUUCGACUGUUGGACAAGGAGAUUCUCGGACGGUUGAUGCAAGCAUACAAUAUUAUAUUACAACUUAAAUCAAAUUCCGUGGGAAAUAAGUCGAUCGAAGAAGUUGACGAAGAGGCCUAUUUGCAGCCUUUAAAAUGUGUUCAUCAGAAUCAUGUUUAUGCAAACAUUUAG